CUGGUCCUGGUCCUGGUCCUGGUCCUGGUCCUGUUCCUGGUCCUGGUCCUGGUCCUGGUCCUGGUCCUGGUCCUGGUCCUGGUCCUGGUCCUGGUUCUGGCUGUGGCUCUGGUCCUGUUCCUGGCCCUGGAGAAGAAAGUGACGUUUGAGGACGAGUGUAAGAAUGAGGGUAAGCUGGUGGGCUCUGUCUGGGCUCGGGCCGACAGAGCGAAGCAGGAUGCACAGGGCGCCGCCGGCAACGGCCCCAGCAUGCUGACCUGGAUCAGCAGUGCUCUGCCGCACCCGACCGUUCCACCCGGCCUGAACCGGUCCAACUCCGGCUCCAAGGAGGAAGCUGCCCCAUCCAGCAGCAAACCUGAGGAAGAGAAGGGGAUGAUUGCCUGGAUCUCUCAGGGUUUGGAGAAGGUCGUUCCUCAGCCGGAUCUGAAGAGUCGAGAAGCUGAGGCGGCUGAGGGCCGUCCGACGGCAGCCCCACCAGACUCUGAUGUCACAGCGAAGGACGCGGAGUCAGAGCCGACGGACAAAUCCUCCCAGCCCAGCAUGAUCAACUGGAUCAAACUGGGCAUAGAGAAGGUGGUUCCUUAUCCAGAGCUCUCAAAGACAGACGGAAAUGAAAAGGCUCAGGCCGCAGCCACAGGUCUGCCAAGGAAGCAGAGCACCAGCCAAAGUAGCAUGAUGGGCUGGAUCGUCAACGGGCUGGGCCGGAUGCUGCCCCAGCCGGUCCCAAAGCCGGAUGCGGGAGGCGAGGAUGUGCAGGCCGGUAAAGUGGCUCCAACCCCAGAUAAGCUCCACCCCCCCAGAUACGCUACACCCCCAAAGGGGCUCCGCCCCAAGAUAGGUUCCGCCCCCAGAGGGGCUCCCCCCUAUCACCCUGUUGGAAAAGCGGGCGUCUGGGGGUCUGGCGGGCAUCUGGGGGUCUGGCUGGCCGUUGGGGGUCUGGCGGGCAUCUGGGGGUCUGGCGGGCGUCUGGGGACUGAUGAUGCAGCGACGCAGGUGGACCAGCUGACCCCUCUGGUGGACAGCAUCAAGAAGGAGGCUGGAGAGGGGUUUAGGCUGCAGCAGGAGCGGCUGGAGGCGGCCCGCGUGGCAGAGGAGAUGGCCCGGAAGGCUGCUGAGGAGGCUGUGCGGCAGCUGGAGGUCGAGCACUCCUCAAAGAUCGUCAUCGAAACGCUGCCGGAGGCCACCGAUCAGCUGCCCAACAUCCUGGAGGAGGAAAACGAGGAGGACCCAGAGCUGCAAAACCUGCAGGAGGACAGUGAAGACAGCACAGAGAAUAACAGUCCUGUGGGCAGUAAAGGGAAGGAGGAAGAUCAAAACAAAAGCUCUGUUGAGGAACAGAAUAAGCCUCUUGAGUAA